AUGGAGCGUCUGAAGUUAGUCUUGCAGUACUUCCAGUCCAAUUCCGAGUCCAUCUCCAAUGGAAUUUGUAUCAUCCUGGCCCUGGUUAGUGUCAAGCUUUACACCAGCUUCGACUUUAACUGCCCGUGCCUCCCUCAGUACAACAAACUUUACUCUCUGGGAGUGAUGAUAGUCCCGCCUAUUAUACUGUUCUUCCUGGGAAUCCUUGUCAACCGGCAUACAGGUGUCAUGAUGGACGAGUGGAUGAGACCCAUUGGGAACAGGUCCAAAAAUCCUGCUGUUGUCAAGUACUUGUUCUCAGCCAUGAUCCAGAGAGCCCUGCUGGCACCAAUGGUGUGGAUCCUGGUCACUUUGCUAGAUGGAAAGAUCUUUAUCUGUGCUUUCAGUGUGAGUGUAGACCCUGCACUCUUCUCAGGUAUGCCUAAUAACACAGGUCUGGAUGUCCUCAAGAUCAUGGCCAAAGUACCCUGUAAGGAGGACGUUAUCUUCAGGAAUAGUUCUUUCCGUAAAGCGGUUUCUCGUUAUGUUCGCUGCCAUUCACAGGCGAUUGGUUGGUCCAUCCUCUUGUUCCUGAUUGUACUGGGAGCACUGGGACGCCUCAUCAAGCCCUGUUUUGAUGACCACGCCACCUUCCUGCAGACACGCUACUGGAGCAACUAUCUUGAUGUGGAGCAGAAGCUCUUCGACGAGACCUGCGUCCUACACGCCCGAGACUUCGCCCGAAAGUGUGUGGUGCAGUUCUUUGAGGACGUCAGGGAGGACUCUCUACGUCUUCCACACCCGGUCUUCUUCAGCAAAUUCAGAGAGGAGUGGGAUGAUGAAGAAGAAGAACAGCUUCAUGGGAUAACAAAACAGGAGCAAGUGGACCAGCUGCUAAACAAGUGGUAUUACAGUAAACCUGAACUGGAUGUGUCUAGGAUUGCAUACAGGCCCAGACCAUGUGUUACCUGGGAGAACCAUGAAGGGAAGACAUUAUACUCUGAUGUGUAG